AUGGCCGCUACUGCUAAACGCCCCGAAAUUAUCGAGCUUGCCCGCGGGCUGAGAGGGGUCCCCAUGUGUGAAGACUACGAGCGCAUGAUCUCCGGAAUGAUGUACAAUCCCAAUAUCCCGCAGCUGCUAGAGGCGCGGCAUUUGUGUCGUGGCCUUUCUGCGGACUACAACAACCUGGACACGAAGACAGUGACGUUUGAUAAGAUCGGCGAUAAGCGACUUGAACUUCUGCGGAAAUUGGUCGGCAAAGUUGGCGAUGGCACUUUUAUUGAGCCGCCCUUUCUGCCUGACUACGGCUGCAAUACUGUGAUCGGGAAGGAUUGCUUCUUUAAUUGGAACGUCACAAUCCUCGAUACUAGCCUUGUCACUAUUGGCGACCGUGUGCAAAUUGGAACCGGAGUUAGCAUUAUCACGGCUGGUCACGAUACCAGUGUUUUGUCGCGUCGGAAGUUCGUCGAAUUCGGCCACCCGAUCUUCAUUGAAGAUGACUGCUGGAUCGGAAGUAAUGUCGUUAUUUUGCCUGGUGUCACGAUCGGUCAAGGCUCAACCAUUGGGGCGGGAUCCGUGGUCACUAAGGAUAUUCCGCCGUUCUCUAUCGCCGUUGGCACCCCUUGUCGUGUGAAGAAGACCAUUCCGUCUGCAGAAGAGGAGGAGCAAGAUCCAAACAACCAGUAUCGCAAUUUGGUCCGUGAAGAUCGAUAG